AUGGGAAAUAUGUGUAAUAUGGGUAAUGUGGGUAAUAUGGGUAAUAUGGGUAAAAUGGCUUUAGAAUUUUCUAUUGAACCGUCUGAUGUUGUUGUCCCGGAAGGGCAUUCUGUUUUAUUACAAUGUAGCGGUACAGUACAACAAGGUGCAUUAAAAGAAGGUAAAACAGCACCAAAUAUACGAUGGAGAGGACCAGAUGGCCAAGAUAUUGGUAUAGUAGGUGAUACAUUUAGAACACAAUUGAAAAAUGGUUCUCUUUAUAUUAGUUCAGUUGAAGAGAAUCGUGGUUUAACUGGUGCCUAUCAAUGUUUAUUAAGUGUAGAUGGUAUUGGAACAAUAGUUAGUCGUUCAGCAAUUGUAUCAAUAGCUAGAUUACCAGAUUUAAAUCAAGAUUUCAUUGAAUUAUAUUUAUUACCUGGUCAAACAGCAUAUUUUCGUUGUAUGAUUGGACAAAUGCAAUCAGGUGUACAAUAUAAUAUACAAUGGUUAAAAGAUGAACAACCAUUACAAAUGGAUAAAAUUCGUAUGAUUAUAAUGCCAAAUGGUGCAUUAGAAAUUGAUGAAAUAACAAAUUCUGAUCGUGGUAUCUAUCAAUGUAAUGUUACAUUUGGUAAUAUAUCUAAAUUAAGUAGUAAAACAAAUUUAAAUAUAAAAAAAUCAGCAUCAAAUAAUGUUAUAAAUAAUAAUGAUGGUAUCGGAACAAUAAAUAUAACAAAUAAUAAUAUAAAUGAUGGCAAUAUUCCAGCUAUAUCAAAUAAUAUUAAUGAAAAUGUUCAAGCGCCAUCAUUUUUAGUUGGACCAUCACCACAAACUGUUAAAGAAGGUGAUAUUGUAACAUUAAAUUGUGUUGCAAAUGGUAUACCAAAACCACAAAUGCGUUGGUUACGUAAUGGUGAAGAAAUUGAUUUAAACGAUUUAGAUUCAAGAUUUUCAAUAAUUGGUUCUGGUUCAUUACAAAUAUCAUCAGCUGAAGAUAUUGAUUCUGGUAAUUAUCAAUGUCGUUCAAGUAAUUCUGUUGAUUCAUUAGAUGCUGAAGCAACUGUUCAAGUGCAAGUACCACCAAAAUUUGUACAAAAUCCAACCGAUAAAAUUGCAUUUGAAAAAGAAGAAUUAGAAUUUGAAUGUUCGAUACGUGGUAAACCGAAACCUGUUAUUAAAUGGUUAAAAAAUGGUGAUAUAAUUACACCAAAUGAAUAUAUGCAAAUUGUUGGAGGUCAUAAUUUAAAAAUUCUUGGUCUUUUAAAAUCUGAUGCUGGUAUGUUUCAAUGUGUUGGUAGUAAUCCAGCUGGUAGUAUUCAAGCUUCAGCACAAUUAAAAAUUACACAACCGGGAAAACAUAAAAAACAAUCACAAACAACAAAAUCACUUCAAACACCAUCCAUAAAUAAUACAAAUAAAAAAGGUGUAUUUAAAUCUGGUGACACAUUAACACAACGUUCAAAAUCUAUUGCCGAUAAUAAAGUAAUUUCAAAGAGUGCUCUUGAUAGUCUUCUGUCAAAAGAUAAAAAAAAAAUCAUUGAUUUUUCAUCAACUGGUAAUGAAAGUAUUGAAAAAAUAAAAAAUAUGAAAAAUAAUAAUAAAAAUAUAAAAGACAAUACAGAGACAUACGAUGAUUAUGACUAUUAUGAUGACUUAUCAGACGAUAACGAUGACAAUGACAAUAAUAAAAAUUUUGACAAUUUAAAUGUCAAAAAUAAAAAACAUAAUAAUAAUAAAGAUUAUGACAAAAAUGACACAUUUCAUAUACCAAUUGAUAUUGAUGAUGAAGACGAUGAAGAUACAAAUGAUAAUACAAAGAAUAAUAAUAAUAAUGAUACAAAUAUUGAUAAUGAUGAUGAUAUUGAUGACGAUGAUGAUGAUAAUGAUGAUGACGAUGAUGAUGAUGAUGAUGAUGAUGAAGAAUAUAUUGUUAAAUUUGAAAAAGGUGAUGAUCCAGAGAAAAUUUUAAAUUCAUUUAAUGAUAAAAAAUUUAAAUUAAAAAAACAUCAUCAAGAGCAUGAAAAUGAAAAAAAAAUUCAUUCAAAAACAACAAAAUUAAUAAAUGAUCCUAUAAUAUCCCAACAUCAAGAAGUGAAUUCAUAUGAUGACGAUGAUGACGAUAACGAUGACGAUAAUGACGACGAUAUUGAUAAUGAUGAUGAUAAUGAUAAUUUUGAUUCUUUAUUACCAAAUAUUACAAAAAAAUAUCAUUCAAAUUUAGAUGCAAAUCAAUUGGCAAGUGUACCAUUACCAGGACCACCAAGAGAUUUAUUAGCACAAAUUGUUAAACCAAGAUUUGUAGCACUCAGUUGGAUGGAACCAUUAAAGAAUCCUGAUGAAGUAAUAUCAUAUUCAGUUUAUUAUAAAAUGCAUACAAGUGAAAGAGAACGGAAAAUUCAAACAAAAUCUCGUGAUGAUCAACAAGUUAAUAUACAAUCUUUAUUACCUGGAAAAACAUAUCAAUUUCGUGUUGUUGGUAACAGUAACCAUGGCCAAGGAGAAUCAUCUGAGGUUUUAGAAGUAAGUACACAACCAGAAGAAAAUAUUGCAGGACCACCACAAAAUGUUGAAGGAUACGCACUUAGCCAUAAAGAAAUUUUAUUGAAAUGGCAGCCACCAACCGUGACUAAUGGAAUUAUAUCAAAAUAUCGUAUAUAUUAUGCAGAGGAUGAAAGUGGUGCUGAAAUGUAUGCUGACAGUACAACAUUAACAACAACUUUAAGUGAAUUGAGACCAUAUACUGAGUAUACCAUAACAGUUGUUCCAUUUAAUCAAAAUGGUAUGGGUGAUAGUUCAAAUGAAAUUAAAGUUAAAACAUUUUCAUCGACACCAUCUGAACCACCAAGUAAUGUAACUUUAGAAGUUACCAGUUCAACGUCUAUAACAAUACAUUGGGAACCACCGCCAAUUGAAGAUCGUAACGGUCAAAUAAAUGGUUAUAAAAUACGUUAUCGAAAAUUAAAAGAAGCACCACAAGUUAAAACUACUGCCGCCAAUAUACGACAUUAUGAAUUAAAUAAUUUAGAUCGUUUCUCUGAAUAUCAAGUAAAAAUUGCUGCAAUGACUGUUAAUGGUUCUGGUCCAUUUACAGAAUGGCAUCGUGUUGUUACAUUAGAAAAUGAUUUAGAUGAAACUCAAGUACCAGGUAAACCAAGAUGGAUUUCAAUAAGACCAGGUGCUGGAAAAAUUGCAUUACAUUGGGCACCACCAGCUCAACAAGAUAUUAAAAUUCGUAGUUAUAUAUUAGGUUGGGGAAAAGGAAUUCCCGAUGAGAAUACAAUUGAAUUAAAAGAAAGUGAUCGUUAUUAUGAAAUUAAAGAUUUAGAUAUUAAUAGUGAAUAUGUAAUAUCAUUAAGAGCUAGAAAUAUUAAAGGUGAUGGUCCACCAAUAUAUGAUAAUGUUAAAACACGUGAAGAAGAACCAUUAGAUAUACCGGCACCAUUAGAAGUUCCAGUUGGUUUAAGAGCAAUUACAAUGUCUUCAUCAUCAAUAGUUGUUUAUUGGAUUGAUACAACAUUAAGUAAAAGUCAACAUGUAAUUGAUAAUCGUCAUUAUAGUGUACGUUAUUCAACUGUUGGUUCAAAUCGAUAUCGUUAUCAUAAUACAACUGAUUUAAAUUGUAUGAUUACUGAUCUGAAACCAAAUACUCAAUAUGAAUUUGCUGUUAAAGUUGUAAAAGGAAGACGUGAAUCAGCUUGGUCAAUGUCAGUUUUAAAUUCAACUUUACCAAAUGUUCCAUUAUCACCACCAAGAGAUUUAGUUGUACGUGUUGAUGAAUAUAAUCCACAAAAUGUAUUAUUACAAUGGCAACCACCAAAACAUAUUAUUGGACAAGUUACUGGUUAUUCAGUUUUUUAUACAACCGAUAUAAAUAAAAGAGAUCGUGAUUGGCAAAUUGAACAAGUGAUUGGUGAUACAAACACUGCCGUUAUCAAAGGACUUAAACCAUAUACAACGUAUUAUUUUAAGAUAAUGACAAAAACUGCUAAAGGAAAUACACCAUUUUCCGCACUUAUUUCAUAUACAACAGGCCCAGCUGUUUUAAUUCAAGAAACAAAUAUUUUAUCAAAAGGAUUUGAUAAUCAAAUGAUUUUAUAUACAAUAAUUGGAGUUACUGCUGUUCUACUUUUUAUUGCAUUAGCAGUAAUUGUUUUGGUUUGUAAUAAAAAGCCUCCAGUUUCACCAGAGCAUAAUAAGAAAAGCUAUCAAAAAAAUAAUAUUGGAGCACCAAAACCUCCAGAUCUAUGGAUUCAUCAUGAACAAAUGGAAUUAAAAAAUAUUGAUAAAUCCCACCAUACUCCAGAAAUUAUUACAGGAUGUAGUGAUGGUGCAAGUAGCAGUGGUGCAAUGACUUUACCACGUUCUGCAAUACAUGAAUAUGAUAGUGAAUCAAAUGGUGGUCCAGCACAUGUUACAAAUUCUUUAGAUAAACGAGCAUAUGUCCCAGGUUAUAUGACAACUUCAAUGAAUUCAACUAUGGAAAGACCCCAAUAUCCGAGAACACAAUAUAAUGUUUCAACACGAUCUCAUAUGAAUGUUGACACAACAUUAUCACAACAAAGUUUGUCUGCACCACAAAAUAAUUCAUUAGCCCAAACACCGGAACAUCCAUAUAACGCUUACGAGCAAAUGCCAAAUUACACAAAUCCAAAUACACCGUAUAUACCACCGGGAAUGAAUAUGGAUAGUUCAAAAAGUAGAGGUCAUCCAUUAAAAAGCUUUAGUGUACCAGGUCCACCACCGUUAAAUGUUUCUACACCAGUAAUAUCGAGUGGUUCUGGAAAACAUGUACCAGCUGUAACAAUACGUCCACAAAAUACGACAUCACCAUAUAAAAAACCAACAUUUACAAAUUCAACACCAACGAAUCGAUUACAAAGUGGUCCAUCAGUAGCACAUUCAACAGAUGAAAUACAGAGACUUCAACCCAGUACAUCAACUGAGGAACUUAAUCAAGAAAUGGCUAAUUUAGAAGGUUUAAUGAAAGAUUUGAGUGCGAUAACUGCCAGUGAAUUUGAAUGUUAACAGUUUAUUUAGUUAAAUAAUAAUAAAUUAUGUAUUUUUAUUUUUUAAAAUUUUUAAUUUAAUAUUAAUUUAAGGCAAAAGCUAACAAUAUAAUAAUAAAUAUAUUUUUUUGAAAAGUUAAAAUAAAUAAACAAAAAAGUAAAAUAAUAUUAAAUUAUAUUUAAGUAUUUAGAUUUUAAGAAUAACCAAUUUUGAAUAAGUAGUGUGCGUUAUUGUGAAACCUGCCAUAGUGAGAUUUUAAUUUUUAUUUUUUAAUUUUUUUCAAAAUUUACUUAAAAAUUAUAAAUUAUAAAGAAGAAUAGCAGAUAAUAGUAGAUAAAUUGUAUUAUGUAUAGCUAUCAAAGCUAAAAUUUUAAUUUUUUUUUAAUUUAAAAA